AUGGAACAAUUAUCGAGAGCUUACUAUGCUCGGUUAAGUGCAACCGAAAGGAAUGAGUACUUGAGGAAACUACUUGGAGAACUCGACAGUGAUUCGAGUAGGGUUUCUGAUAGCGAGGACGAAGACUGGAUUCCAGUAAAUAGAGGUAGACAUCAAAAUCAACGAGGUAAUUUAGUGCGUGACGAUCCAGAAGAUUCUGAAGAUACAGAAGAAAUCGCUGAAGAGAAUUCAGCAGUGGAAGGAGAAGAAGAAGAAUUUGAGAGUAGCGAGAGUGAGGAUGCUGAGCCUGAAGGAAGAGCUCAAGAACCAUCUGGGAGUUUUAUUGCCAAAGAUAAAACAGUGUGGAACAAAACUCCACCAACUCAGCAUCAGACCGCAGCUCAUAAUGUUGUACGCCAUCGGAGUGGGCCUCAUCGCAGUACGGAAACGUUGUCAAUUAGCGAGACUUUCAAACAAAUUUUUACCUACGAAAUGGUUGACAUAAUCGUCCGUCACACUAAUAAAAAAGCUGAAACAAUUUUCCAAGAGCACAAUGCUAACCAUCCAAACUCACAGCAUCAAUGGAAGCCCGUUACGAUACCCGAAAUUUAUUCGUUCUUCGGUAUCUUGAUUUGUGCUGGAGCAAACAAUUCGAACACAGAUCAUACAUUUGACAUGUGGCGCUCCAAUUCUUAUCCGCUGUAUCGCGCGACGAUGGGAUUGACGAGAUUCCAUAAUAUUCUGCGUUUUUUGCGAUUCGACGAUAGUAAUACUCGAAGUGCACGUAAAAAAGAAGACAAGGCAGCUCCAAUUCGUGAUGUGUGGACAAUGUUAAAUUCAAAUUUAGCUCAGAUGUACAAACCAACAGUUAACUUAACGAUUGAUGAACAGCUUUAUCCAUACCGUGGUAGUACUGGAUUUACUCAGUAUAUUCCAUCGAAACCAGCUAAGUAUGGUAUAAAGAUCUGGUGGAUUUGUGAUGCAGAAAAUGCAUAUCCUUUGCAAGGGAUCAUGUACACUGGUAAGACAGAUAAUACUCGAGAAAAAAAUCAGGGUGAAAGAGUAGUGAAAGAAUUGGCGGCUCCGUACCGAGGUAGUGGUAGAAACAUCUGCAUGGAUAACUUCUUUACUACUGUACCAGUUGCUAAACAUUUGUUGUCGUGGAAUAUUACCAUUGUUGGCACGCUAAAAAAGAAUAAACCUUACAUCCCUAGUGUUAUGGGAGCGAAUAAGACACGGGAGCAGUAUUCGACAGUUUUUGGAUUUCACGAAAAGCUUAAGAUUCCGCAUAUAAGUGCACUAGCGCAGGUUGUGCUGGCUACACCUGCAACGCAAGUGUCCGUCGAACGGGCAUUCUAA